CCUCGAUAUGAUACGGUUUACCAGUUAACAGUCGCUCUAUUCCCACAUGUGCCGCUCUUUUGACAUGUACAAUCUCCGCUCAUUACCUCGGAUGUUGUUGGUCUGACGUAUAACAUUUCUUGGUUGAGGAAAAGGCAAGAAAAAAAUAUAAAAUUAAAAUUAAAAUUAAAGAGAAAAGCAAGGGAGAGAAGCCAGUGGUAGCCUCUCCACACUUUUUCCAGCCCAGAUCGUCAAGAUCAUCAUCACCAUAUACCACCGCAUCAUGUCAAAUAUUGUGAGCCAACUUGAUGGCAUUUCCGGUGAGCUUGCGGGCACUCAAUAUGGGCUCAAAGCGACCCUUCUCUUUUUCAUCUCCAUCUCCAUUUACAAUGUAAUUGAGCUGGCAAUCCUUGUGCUAUCGACAUUCCGUCGCUGGACGGGUCUAUACUUCUGGAGCUUGCUACUUUCGGGCUGCUUGGGAGUUAUUCCAUACUCACUCGGCUUCAUGCUGAAGUUCUUCACACAUGCCAAUUCUUUCUUGUCUGUUACGUUGCUUACCGUCGGCUGGUGGACAAUGGUGACGGGUCAGUCUAUUGUCCUCUAUUCACGGCUACAUCUUGUCAUCCGCGAUGAGCGCAUUCUUCGCCGAGUGCUAUGCAUGAUCAUCGCAAAUUUCUUUCUUCUGCAUGUCCCGACUUCCGUCUUGACGUAUGGUUCCAACGUCCCCGAUCGAUCACCUCUAUUCGUCAAAGGAUAUAAUAUCAUGGAAAAAAUCCAGAUGACUGGUUUCACCCUACAAGAGGUGAUAAUCUCCGGGCUCUAUAUCUGGGAGACGACCAAACUGCUUCGGUUGGGUUCGAGCCGACAAAAUCGAAGAAUAAUGCGCCAGUUAGUCGGAAUCAAUGUUGCCAUUCUUGUGAUGGACUUAGCCCUACUUGCAUUGGAAUAUGCCAGCUUCUAUGCUAUUCAGAUCACGCUCAAGGGUGUCAUAUACAGCAUCAAACUUAAGUUGGAGUUUGCCGUGCUCGGGAAACUGGUCGAUAUGGUUCAUGGGCACAGGCAUCCGGGUACGUUCGGCAAUGACGUACAGUGGUAUUCAUUAGAGUAUGAAUCUAGUCCGACUGCGCCGGCAUCGUCGUCUGAUCUAUUGGGUAGAAUCAGCUUCUCACGCGUUGUUCAAGAUGGGACGAAGCGACCACACAGUUCACAGAGCGAUGGUUGUCCGGACAAGAAAUUCACGAUGAAGGUAUCGGAUUUGGUUAAACGUCGCCCUCCCGAGGAAAUCAUCUAAUUACUUUUUGUACAUCUCCAUUUUAUUUUUGUAUAUACCCAUUAUGACUUUUAGUCCAUUACAGCCCGCAUGGGCUAAAACACUUGCAGCUACACAAGCCAACCGCCUAAAAAGCAGCUGUUUCAUAUCCUUCAUCCUCAUGUUAAUAUGACCAUAACCUCAAUGCAAUGUAAACCUCAAGCAGCCCCAUCA